CCGUGCCCACAAAAAAACCCCGCACGCACAUGUAGUGGUGCACACCAUUCUCUGCGUUGGUUGGUCACUGAAAUCAGCUGGAAUCGUUUGAAAGGAACGUGCGCUCUGCCACUUCAGCGUACGGGCACGCACACCACCAGGCGGGAUUCCCAUCGUUACGUGCUGCUACGUCAUCGAGCGCUACCGACCGGCGCGUGAACGCAGUGCAAUGAGAGAACGCAAGCUCACGGGCUCAUUGGCUGGCGGGCUGGUGUGCGUGUGCGACAUGCAACACAAAGCACGGUGCGCUCGUGUGUGUGUGUGUGCGUGUGUUCGCCGAAGUCGAAACGGUUCUCCGAAAGCGGUCGUGCCGCUGCGAAUGGCUGACGGGGCCGUCAUUCGCAAAAGAAACUUCCACGGGAGCGCUUGCGGAGCGCUCGAUAGAACAACACGACUGAAAGUACCUUUUCCACAGGGUGGAAAGGGCCCCGCGGGUGUGUGAGAAACGAAAGAGAGAUCACGUGAGCGAGAGAGAGCGAGUGAGUGAGCAAGAAAGAGGAAGUUGAGCAGUGUUUUUCGGAGCAAGUGAGCAAACAGUGUGUGGCCGAACUAGCAGCGGAGUGUAGCACACGAUACAACAAUAUCAGCAACAAAAAGGUUGAAGUGAAACAAAGCGAGCGAGCAAGAUAGAGAAAGCAAGCUAGAGGCUGUGUGUGUGCAUGUGAUAGCAGAGUGUGUGUGUGUGCGUGGAUUUCUCUGUGUGUUGGAAGGAAGUGUGGAGUGUGGAGCACUGCUGGCAGAGGCAGAAAAUCAAUAGUCCUUCCCGAGUCCUUCGAAACGGUUUUUGAGGGAGAGCGAAGCAAAACAACAGGGCUACGCAACCACGUCGCAACACACACACUCCGUACGUUACCAGAGCGAUUGGUUGCCGUGAGUGAGUGUGGCUGCGUGGGUGAGUGUAUGUUUGGUGUUGGGAAAGGCAAAAGUGGUGCAAAAAAUCAGCACAACUAAGAGCAAAACAGUGAGUUUUGUACAGUUUGGUUGAAGUAAAAAUUUGGCCCAAGCAGAGCAGCAACCAGCAACAGAAGCACGACCGAGAGAGGAGGAAGGAGUGUGUACCUCACGGAAAAGAAAACGAGUGCAAAGUUUUGUUUCGUAACGCCAUCAUCUCAAGUAAAAUCUCAAAAGCCACGGCUGAGUCAGAAGAGAAGUGAAGUUUUUCCAGCCACUAGUGUGUGAUUUUUGUUUUACCACUGAUUUCAUUGUGACCACCACCUUACGCUCUGCAUUGUGGUGUUGUGUUGAAUGCGUGUGUGUGUGUGUGUGUGAUAAGCAAAUCCUCACGCACAGUGUGUGAUACAGCGGGAAAGAAACCUUUUUGCCUGAACCGAGGGAAGCCAAACUCCCGACGGCAAAUUCGACGACGGCGGUUGUACCAGAGAUUCCCGUCGGCCGAUUGCAAUCGGAAGACUGAGGAACAGCAGCAGCAGCAGCAGCAGCAGCCAGCAAGGAGCAGAAGACUGACCACAAGCAACAUCGUAGCAGCAGCAGCAGCAGACCACAGCAGUAGCCAUUAACACUGUUGUGCGUAGCAACCACAAGGAUUACUCCGUCGGUGUGAAAGAAUUGCAGCAUUCGACGCAGCAGCAGUAGUAGUGUUGUGUGUGCGUGUGUUCUUGGUGGUGUUCCGUGUGUUUGGUGCGUUGGCAAACGAAAUAAGGCCAGCCGUAAUUUGAAAUGAAAGUGUGACCAAACGCGUUUGUGCGGAGCGUAAAAAAGGUGUUAGAAUCUACGCCCGAGUGUGACGUGUAUGUGUGUGUGUGUGCGGUGGAAUAAUCGAUCGGUGCCAAAUGAAAAAGCAGAGUUGAACCACCGCAACACGCAACAGUAGCGAGAGAGAGAGAGAGAGAUAAGUGUGUGCCGUGUGUCGGGGUGUCGUUUAUUGAGUGCGCGUACAUCACAGUGUGUGUUGUGUCCCACGAUGGCCAUGGCAGCGUGCUAUCCGACCUACGACCACAUGACCGGCGGCAGCAGAAAUGUGGCUCAGCAGCAGCAGCAGCAGCAUCUCGUGCAACAGCAGCAGCAGCAACAGAGUCCGGUCGCGGCCACUAGUCAGCUGCACCAUCUGUCGUCGCGGCUGUCGGCCGCGGCAGCAGCAGCAGCGGCGGCCGCAGCGGCCGCAGCCGCCGCCAGCAACAUGUCGGCGGUGCAGAAGGAUUUCAGCAUACCGCUGCACGUGGACUGCAGCGUGGAGUACGAGCUGCCGAACCAGGCGAAGCCGCCGGUCGGUGCCCGGGUGGAGCCGCUGCUGAUGAUCCAUCCGUGCUACUUCCGCAAGAUGGAGAGUCAGCGGCGCAGCCCGUUCAUCAACAACAUGCCAAAUUCGUCCCGUAGUUCUAGUGCGUCGAUCGCGGCCAAGGCUGGUGGCAACGGGGGGGCCGUCGGCAGUGGUAGCAGCAGCAGCGUUGCCAGCAAUGCCGUCACGUCCAGCAGUGCGUCGGCCGCGGUCGAUUCUGUCGCGAGCCGGCGGAGUGCCGUGACCGCAGCUCACAAGUCGUCGUCGGCGUCGGCCGCUGCGGCUGCGGCUGCAGCCGCCGCCGCUGCCGUCUCCACCAGCAACCAGUUCCUUCAGCUCCAGCUGGACGAUUACGUUCAGCGGCAAAUGCAUCGCUCGUCAGCGGUCAACAGUCAGCAGCAGCAGCAACAACAACACUAUGCUGCUGCUGCCAACAACACAGUCAAUGGUCAUCUGCAGCAGCAACAGCAGCAGCAUCACCAUCAGCAGCAGCAGCAGCAGCAGCACCACAGUCGCCACCAGCAACAACAGCAGCAACCUCACCACCAUCAUCACCAGUCGCAGCAGCAGCAUCUCGCUGGACAGUCCGCGAACCAGUACAGCCUCACCAACAGUCAGUCUCAGCAGCAGCAGCAGCAUCAGCAACAGCAGUCUGCAGCUGUGACAACCUCCGACUGGGGCCGCUACCACAUGGGUUCGGCGGACUGCGUCAGCUCCGGGGGUGGUGCUGCCGGUGUUGCUGGCAGUGUGGUACGCAACGGGGGCAGCUACGGUAGCAAGCUGUCCAACAACAACAACAACAGCGUCUACAACACCAGCAACACCGGCAACAGUAACAGCAGCAGCAGCAGCAGCAACAAAUCCAAAAGUGUCACUAGCGCGUCGAUGAAGCGCAGCAACGCAAGUAAUACGGGUAUCAGUCAACACCACCAGCAGCAGCAGCAGCAGCAGCAACACCAGCUUCAGCAACAGCAGCAGCAGCAGCUGCUGAUGCCGGCCAGCUGCGCCGUGUACAACAGCAGCACCGCGAACGGUGUCAGCAGUGGCCUGGUCGAGGGCGGCGGUGCUGGUGGUGGGCCCCGCUGGGGCGACAUCGAGAAGACUUCAAUGGCGGCGGCGGUGCCGCGCGAUUUCCAGGCCGGCCCCGAAUCGCUCCCGAUGAAGGCGGGCGGGCUCGUAUCCGCCGCCAACCUGCCGCCGCCGCCGCCCUCCGCCUACCGCAGCGGGGGCAAGCGGGACGCGAUGCUGUCCGGUGCCGGCGGCUGUGCAGUGUACAGUAGUAAUAGUAACAGUAAUAGUAACAACACUAGCGCUAGUAAUCGAGGCCACAGCAACACCGGCGGCAGCAGCGUUGUUGCGGCCAACGGCACCACCACCAGCACCAUCACCACCACCACCGGCAUUCCCAGCACGGACCUCAGCCUGUGGGAGGCGGCGGCGAACGGCGGUGGUGGGGCCGGCACUACCAACUCCACCCUGCCGGACAAGAGCUCGAUGACGGCGGCCAUUCCGCGAGAUUAUCACGCGGCCGGUCCGGAGCAUCUCGCGGCUUGCAACAAGCUGGCAGCUGCACGGCAACAGCAGCAGCAACAGUACCAGCAACAGCAACAACAGCAACAACAGCAACAUCAUCAUCAGCAGCAGCAGCAGCAACAUCACUCCCAGCAGCAGCAGCAACACCUGCAUCAUCAGCAGCAACAGCAGCAGCAACAUCAUCACAAUCACCAGGUUGCGGUGGCGGCGGCCGCUGCUGCAGCGGCGGCAGCGGCCGAAGCGUCCGAGAAGCUGCUGUUUGCGGCCAAGUACCGGCAGCACCAGCGCGCCUCCCAUCGGCUCCACCCGUACAUGAUGAGCUCCAGCUUUACCCCGCUGAUGACGGCGGCUUUCCCCCCGAUGCAGCAGGUGUCCUGCUACAACGUGUGAUUCUAAGCAGAAGGGGUGGGCCAACAACCGUAACAACAAUCGGUAACGGGUGGUGGAUGAAAAUGUUGCUGACGUGUGUUCCUUCCGGUGUGCGCGCGUGCGUGUGUGUGUAUGCACGCGUGGGGGUGGCAAGUGAUAAGAGCAGUAGGAGACAGGGAGGGAAAAAGAAGUUCAGUGAGAUGUUUGUAACGCGUUCGCGCUUUUUCUGUUUCUGGCAAAGCUGUUCUGUUCUGUUCUGUUUAUUAUUAUUAAUAUUAUUAUUAUUAUUAUUAUUAUUUCACUUUGGUCGUUAGACGAAACAAUGUUGCAAGCACGUGAAGAUGGAAAAUUUCUUUCGCCCAAUCGCCAAUGCCCAACACUGCAAAGAGAAAGAGAAGGCGAGUUAGAUAGGAGUGCCAGAGUUGCAAAGAGAUAAGGGCAUGCAGUAGUUGAAGGAGGAGCCAGAGAAGAAGAGGAGGAAGAAGGAGACGUUGGCGGUGACGGCCACUCUCGUCAAGCAUGUAUAAAAAUAGACAGCAACUUUUUUGUUGCAAAUUUAAAUGUGAUAGUAGUUUUUACUCCCAAAUAAUAACUUCAGCUAAAACAAAAGAAGAAGAAAAAAAACGAGGAACGACUAAAGGAACGACCGCAACUUUGACCGCAAAGAGACACUCUCUGAGGGGGGAGGGUGAGUUGGAUGGUGGAAAGGUAUUGUACCAGCACUACACCUCUUCACGCCUCUUCUCCUCACCCACCCCGUCUUGGGAAGAGAACACUAGUGCUAUGCUAAUUGACUAAUUGAUAUAUGACUUUAGAGAAGGCGACACGCGCAAAAUUCACAUCUGACGGUUUUGUUUUCCGUUUUAUGUUUGUCGUAGAUUUUGUUUUCCAAGCAUAACCGAUUAGCGGACGGCGCAACUGUGUGCGCGUGUGUGUGUGUUUGUAUGUGGGAGGGAGUGGGUGCGCGAGUAGACUACUUUUAUGUUGCCUAGGUGUUGAUAAAGGAUGAUAAAACAAAAACCAACUGAAAAAUAAUAAUACAACCGGACGACAGCACGUGUCCGGCGUGUUUAGUGAGUGUUUGGCUUUAAUCGAACGGUAGUACGGGAUAAAUAUACAUAUAUCUAUACACACAGACACAGACAUACGCAUUACACACAGGACACAAACCUCUAUAUAUAUAUACUACGUAUUAAACGGAAGAAAUGUGCGAAGAAGCAACAUAACUAUAUCUAGCCUCAACAAAAUUCCUUUCGUUUCUACUCAUGAAAACCCACACAACACACACAAACCCUCUAACGGAAGAGUGGACAGGCAAAAAACUGUAAACUUUGCAUGUAACUCGCGAUACACUAAAGCAAAACAAAGAAGUACGUUUAGUAAAAAAAAAAACAAGCAGCAACCCUGAGACGGAAAUGAACUUGUAAUAGAAAAGCAAAGAAAGCAAAAAAUAACACAUUAGACACACACACACAAACAUUGAAAACGGCAGUUGAGUAGUAAGCGGUGGUAAUGGAGGAUAAAGUAGGAGAAGAAGACAGGAGACAGGAGGCGCAAGCGUAACGUAAUACAAAGAAAAAUGCGGAGUCAUGAACUGAAAAUAAAAACGAAGAAACCUAGCUAAAAACAAACGCCCCCCGUUUAGUAAAAACUAAUCGAAAAACAUUGAAAAAUGAAACAAACAAACAAAAAAUCUAUUAUCUUGCUCUCAAUUCUGUGUUCCAACAAAAGAAAGAAGCGCAGCUCGUGUUCAACGUUCUGUUCUGUUGUUAUAGGCGAGACAGUCAUUAGAGAGUGUUUUUGGUGGGGGUUCGUUUUCUUUCGCGGCUUUUGUUCCCGUCCAAAGGUUUAUGCGUGUGUGUGCUUUUUUUUGUUUCUCCAAGUUUUUGUUUUGGUGGUCCAGUUGUGCAGUCCCCCCCGGGGGGUUGUCCGCAGUAGAGUUCCUCUUUUGAUUUUCACCAGGUUAUCGCUGUCGUUCUCGUUUCGUGCGUGUAUUGAUGUGUCUCCCGUGCAGAUGUGUAAGGGGUUUCCCACCACAAAGCCUCCCCCUUCAAAAAGAGUUCCUCGCCUGUGUUGGCACCAUUCACUCUCCGACGAACUGAUGCCCCGAUCUGAUUUCUUCUAGUGUGUUAACCUGUUUCUAUUGUGAUAGACGAACAUUGCCAUACCGCCGGGUCGGGGUGGGGGUUACGAUAAGGUACGGUGGAAUUCUGAUCGAAUAAUUCCAUUUUUCCCCAGGCAAAUUGAUUUCUCUGCAAAGUUGAUCCUUUCUUUAUGAGCUCCAUGUUGCAUAUGCCUGUCCAGUGUUCCAAACAGCAGCAUCAUUCCUUGAACUUCGCCUGUUCCUGGGUUGUUGUUUUUUACCCACCGCUGCCCCCCAAGUUGUCGGCACCGAACCCGAACACCUAUAUUAUAUCCCGUGCGCGUUGUUUUACCGAUCAGCUCUGCUACUAAUGGCUUACGUUUCGACCCACUAUUGUAUAGGCGACGUUGUGCUUUAGCGAACGAAGGUAGCGAGAGGGUAAAUAUAGGGUACGGAUAGCGGUGGUACGGUAACAUAGUAAAGGUAAAAACAUGAAGUAAACAAUGUGCAUAUUUAACAUGUUAUUGUUGCAUGAUCGCUGCAAAAAAAAAAACUAACCCAGUAAUAAUAAUAGGACAGCAGUAAUAUGAGCGGGCAGCAAACUCACUACCAGCUAUACAGCAAGAAGCAAACAAAACAAACUACUAAUCAAAAUCAAUAAACAAAAAAACUUGAACUGGAACAAAAGAAAAGAGAGAAAAAAAACAACGACGUACUAUGCAUGUUUCGGAAAAAACAACAACCUACUGACGCAAACUGUUCGAUAGAGGAUGUUCGAUUUUGAGUUUUUGUUUUCCAAAAAGAAAAAAGAAAUAACAGAAACUAAUGAAAAUUUCCUAAAUAACCAAAUAACAUAAAAUGCAACCCAACAAACGCUCACACUGACUCCUACACUAAGCAAAUGAAGUAUUCAGACUAGAAAUUAAUGGCAAACUAAGGCAAAAACAAAGGUGUUAAUGGUAACGGAAAACAAAACAAACAAACACAGACUAAUUAACUGAAAAUAAACAAACACACAACUCGAACACAUUCUCUCCUAGUCUAGGUCGCGUACGAAAACUAACAAUACAAUGCAAAAUUAUAUACUCUCUCAGACAUAUACAAAACAAAAACAAAAAAAAAGCCGUGACAAGUAUACUAUAUUUCAGUAACUAGAACGAAACGUUAAUGCAAUGGGAAGACAAAUGCGGUGGAGUGCAAUUGUUAGUUGAUGUUUUUUUUUGUUUGGCGAGGGCUGCUGCUAGUGGGUUAUGUUUUUAGUGUUUCUGUUCCGACCUUUUUUGUUUUUUCUUCUUCGAAAAAGCGACUAAUACCACACAAAAACAAACAAGUCUUAUGUAAAGCGUAGAAUAGGAUUGUAUGCAAAAUCUCUAAAGCAUAAAACAAACAAAACUAAUGAUAACAAAUUGAUAACGACGAGUCAAAGAGACACAGGCCAAAAACAAAAGCACACACCUUCUCAGGACAGGAUCAGUACGGCAGAGGGGGUAGAGAGAGAGAGAGGUGAGUGUGUCUGUAUGUCUGUGUGGUAAACCUUGUGUGCUUUUUGGUGGACCGCUUCUUGCGUUUGGCCGUCGUGUCGUGUUCGCUGUACAUAUACUAAGAUACUGACGGGGGAGGACGGGUUGACGAAUACAAGCCAAAGGGGAAGGACAUCAAGUCAAAGUUCAGUCAACGGUGAAUGCGAUUGCUCGGCAAAACAAAGGGGGAGGAAACAUAGGAAAAGCUAGUAAUUCCAAUCGCGCGCAUACUGUGUCAAGCAUACUAACCAACUGGGUGGUAAAACGAUGGUGAAAAAAGUGAAAAAGAAAACAGUGAGAGAGACGAAGAAGAACGGGAAACGAGGGAAGAUGAAAAAAAAACAACUGACACUGUAGAACUAUAACUAGUAAACGUUAAGCAUAAAGUAACAGAAAAAAACAACUGAUAAUAAAUAGUAGAAUGCUCGGGAGAGAGAAGGGGUAGGGCAGUGUCAAAACGGAACUGAAUUUAAUCGAGAACAGAAACGAGAGAAACGGGAAAGAUGAAGAAUGAAAAGCUGUAGUAAAAGGAAGUAAAAACAACAGGAAUGUGAUGAUUUCCGAACGAAGCACGGAACGCAAAAGGUAAAUGCAAACGGUACGGAACGAAACAAAGAAAACCGCAGCAAAGAACGGCAAACGGAGGAAAAAACACACGGCAAAAUAAAAGAACAGCACUGCAAAAAAGUUA